AUGAAGACACUCAAUUACUAUCAUGUAUACCUCUCAUGUUGUCAUCUUCGAUUCGAAUGCAAGGAAACUGAACAUCUGCCCUGGGUUGUUUCGGCCAACUAUCUACCCGGCGACAACCAUACCCACAAGUACUUAUUCCCGAGUCCCGUCUCCAGGCCUACUGAAUGGAAGGACGAACAAAGACGUCCAUCAUCUAUGGCAGUUGACAGCAAGAACCUGGGCAACAAGAACCGUCCCUUCCUGUUUACCCAGGUUCUGGUUCUCAGCAGAGAGGUAGACUCCAAGCAAUUCGGAAGACCUCACGAGGGCAGCAAGCCCCCAAUGAGUGACAGGUCGAAAAGCAAGCAAUUCCAAAGCCUCUCGUCUCAUCUUUUCCUCAUCAAAGUGACUUGUUGCUGGACCAAGUGUCUCGUACCUCGUGCCCUGAGCCUAGGCGUCAGGUCCAUAACCGCCGCCGCCUCUGCUCUUCUUUGCUUCCGCAUCAAAGUCAACAUGCUAAUUUGGUGUUUGCAAGGCUGGUCUUUGCAAUAA